ACAAUCAAAUAUGUUAAAAAGUUUUUUUUGUAAAUGUUUAUUUUCUGUUAUUGUGUAAAUGUGAGCUUCAUCUGAGUUGAAAUGAUAAGGAAGUGCUAAGGGAGCGUCUACAAAGUGCAUGAAGCCGAGGUGUAGUUAUUACCCAGUGGCAUGUACCAUUCAAUACAACUACUGUAUAUAAAGUCCUACAGUAUGGGUACAGUAAACAUAUAUAGUGUAAACAAUUCUAAAAUCAAUCAUUUUAAUAAAAUAAACGAUGCAAUAGUUACCUAGUGACAUGUACCACCCACUACACUUAAAUUACAGAAACAAACCCUACAGUAUGGGUACAGUAAUAAGAAAUUAAAAGUAAAAAAAAAUAACAUAUUUUUUUCAUAUAACCAAGGUAGUAGUUAACUAGUCACCUGUACGAGUUACUACAACCACAUUAUAAAAGUCCUACAGCAUGGGUACAGUAACGAAUCAUAAAAUGUACUACAGUAAAGGUACAGUAAUAAUAAAAUAUAAAAGAUUAAAGAAAAAUUAAGAAACACAAGUUUUGAUAAGAUGAAGGUUGUAGUAGUUAACUUAUGUCUUAUACUACUUACUACAACAACAUUACAAAUUAAAAGUCCCACAGCAUGAGUACAAUAGGUAAUCGAAAAAAAAUUUAAUUAACAGAAAUUGAGAAACGUAAACAUGAACAUGACGCUCACAAACUAAACCAGGAAGUCUGAGCUGCUGUAAAUAACCUGCUGUGUUUACUGGUGUUUCUGUUUAUGUGUAGAAAAAUGGCCGAGUCCAAAAUUUCAGUAACUCAGGAUGAGUUCAGCUGUUCAGUCUGUCUGGAAACACUGAAGGAUCCAAUAACUAUUCUUUGUGGACACAGUUUCUGUAUGGUGUGUAUUAAUAACUGCUGGGAUCAGGAGGAUGAUAAGGGAACAUACAGCUGUCCACAGUGUAGACAAACCUUCACUCCAAGACCUGCUGUGAGGAGAAACACAAUUCUGGCUGGAGUUGUGGAGAAACUGAAGAAAACAGAACUUCAAGCUCCACAUCCUGGUCACUUGUCUGCUGGACCUGAAGAUGUGGAGUGUGAUUCCUGCACUGGGAAAAAAUACAAAGCUGUUAAAUCCUGUCUGGUGUGUUUGGCCUCUUUCUGUGAAACUCACCUUCAGCCUCAUUAUCGAAUUCCUUCUUAUAAGAAGCACAAGCUGGUUGAAGCUUCCAGACGACUCCAGGAGCAGAUCUGCUCUCAGCAUGAUAAACUGCUGGAGGUUUACUGUCGUACUGAUCAGCAGUGUAUCUGCAUGAUGUGUAUCAUGGAUGAUCAUAAAGGACAUGAUACAAUAUCAGCUGCAGCAGAAAGAACUGAGAAACAGAAGCAGCUGCUGGAGAUCCAGAGAAAAUUCCAGGAGAAAAUCCAGAACAGAGAGAAGGAACUUUGUGAGCUGAUAAACGCUGUGGAGUCUCACAAGUGUUCUGCACAGACAGCAGUGAAGAACAUUGAGAGGAUCUGUACUGAACUAAUCAACUCAAUUAACAGAAGAUGCUCUGAGCUAAAAUAUCUGAUCAGAGAUCGAGAGGCAGCAGAAGUAAGUCAAGCAGAAAAACUCCUGAAACAGGUGGAACAGCAGAUUGUAGAGCUGAAGAGGAAAGAUGCUGAACUGGAACAGCUUUCACACACAGAGGAUCCCGUCCAUUUCCUCCAGAAUUUUCAGUCUCUCUCGGCUCCUGCUGGAUCUGCAGAAUCAGCCGCCAUCACAAUCAGUCCUUUCCUCUCAUUUAAUGAUGUUACAAAGUCUGUAUCUCAGCUCAGAGAGAAAGUAGAAGAAUUCUGGAAAGAUCAGUGUGAGAAGAUACCAGAUGAAGUAAAGAAAGUCCGGAUUACUUCACCUCCUGAACCUGAAAUCAGAGAAGAUUUUCUACACUAUGUUUGUCGGUUCACACUGGAUCCAAACACAGUAAAUAAAAACCUCCGUCUGUCUGAGGAGAACAAAGUGGUGACCUGCAGUGGAACAUUACAGUCGUAUCCUGAUCAUCCAGAUAGAUUUGAUGGUUUUUGUUUCCAGGUUGUGUGUAGAGAGAGUGUGAGUGGACGCUGUUACUGGGAGGUUGAGUGGAGUGGGAAUGAUGGGGUUUAUAUAACAGUGUCAUAUAAAAGCAUCAGCAGGAAGGGAGAUGGUUAUGAGUGUGUGUUUGGAUGUAAUGAUCAGUCCUGGAGUUUGUUCUGUUCUCCAUCCAGAUUUUCAUUCUGGCACAAUAACAAAGGGACUGAAAUUCCCAUAAUGCCGAGUUCCUCUAGAAUAGGAGUGUAUGUGGAUUAUGAAGCAGGAACUCUGUCCAUCUACAGCAUCUCUGAUAGAAUGAAGCUCCUCCACAGAGUUCAGACCACGUUCACUCAGCCCCUCUACCCAGGGUUUUGUCUUGAUUAUGGAUCAGAAGUGAAACUGUCAGAUUUAACAAAUUAAAUGUAAAAUUUACAUGAAAGUGUAACAUUAAACUGUUUGAGUGAUUUUAGAAUCUGUGAGGCAGUGAUACAUUUAUGAAGAUUUUCUUUUUCAAUUUAUUAACCACCAUUUAUUCAGUGCUGUGAAAAAGUAUUUACCCCCUUUCCUGAUUUGGCAAGAUGGCGGCGCGUGUACAUCGCGUGUAUUACUGCAUUUCAUUGGCUCUGUACUUGUUUACUCUGCACAAUGACAAUAAAGUUGAAUCUAAUCUAA